ACAGCUAUGGUCAUGGGAGCACAUUCAUAUCGGCAGACCUGUCAUACUGCGAUAUCAUGGGAUAGAUGGUGGUCCUCUUGAUGAUGAUAUGGAUCAGCACGCUGUACUUGGGCCACAUCAUGUUCGUGGCGAGGAUCCUUUGGGUCGUAGAUGGCUAUUUGCUCAUGUCACGCGCACGUCAUCCGCUGCUGGAUUAGGAUACUACCGAGAUGCUUUAGAUCGCUUGUGUGAUGAUCAGAUGACGUGGAUGCCGUACACUGAUGAGAUUUUAGGGCUGUUGCCUCCUGUUGCCCGAGAGCACACUGAGAUAUGGCGAGCACGUGUGCCCUUGAUAUGUUUUGAUGUAGUGGAGCAUCACUUUCCUGAUCGCGUACUACGCCAGUUCGGGUUGCAGCAGAUUACUCCCAGACCUUGUGAUACAUCUGUGGAUUUGCACAAGAUUGAUAGACGGGGGAAGCACACUGAAGAUUGGGGGAUGCGCCAUAUUCAGUAUAUCACUAUGUGGGAUGAGAGAGCGGCGUAUAUAGUGGACGGGAUCCCAUCAUUAGUCC